AUGGAACAUCUCCAAGAUAACCCCAAAAUACCAAUCAAGGCUGUACAAGAGCAGCUACAAAGAAAGUUUGAAGUUGGUGUAUCAAAGCAGAAAGCAUAUAGGGCUAAACAGAAGGCUGUCAUGCAACUAAAUGGUGAUUAUAAUUCACAGUAUGGGUUACUUAGAGCUUAUGUAGCUGAAUUGAUGAACACAAAUCUAGGGACAACUGUGAAAUUUGAACUAGAACCACCAGCAGAUCCUGAGUCAACUGAAAGGAAAUUUAAAAGAGUAUAUGUGUGCUUGGGGGCUCUGAAACAAGGUUUUAAAGCUAUUGGAAGAGAUAUGUUGGGACUUGAUGGGGCUUUUAUUAAAGGUCCAUAUCCAGGCCAGGUUCUUAGUGCAGUUGGGGUUGAUCCCAAUAAUGGCAUUUACCCUGUCUCAUAUGCUAUAGUAGAGGCUGAAACACUAGACUCUUGGACUUGGUUUCUAGAAUGCUUAGGUGAUGAUUUGGAUUUGGAAGCCAAUUCAAAUUUUACAUUCUUAAGUGACAGGCAAAAGGGCAUUAUUCCAGCAAUUAUGAAGGUCUUCCCAUUUGCUAAGCAUAGAUUUUGCCUAAGACACAUCUAUGAAAACAUGAGAUUACAAUUCAAAGGAAAGGCCUUUAAAGACCUUUUGUGGAAAUGUGCAACAGCAACAACUAUUGUUGAAUUUGAAAAGGAGAUGGAUGCUUUAAAAAGUUUCAACAGAAGGGCAACAUCUGAUAUGUUGCUCAACAACAUGUGUGAGGUGUUCAAUUCAAAGAUACUUGAAGGAAGGGACAAGCCCAUUAUUGCAAUGUUAAAAUUCAUUAGAGAGUACUGCAUGAGAAGAAUUGUUAAUGUUCUUCAGUUGAUUGAGAGGAGUGAUGGUUUACUAACACCAUAUGCAACUGAGUUGUUUGAGGAAAUUAAGAAGGAUGCUACCAGCUUCACUCUUUAA